GUUUGACCUUUUAAAUAGAAAAAAAAUGACUAUCUGUCUAUGAACUUUUUAUUGAACAGUGCAGAUUGUAAAAACUCAGGUUUAAAAAUGUUUGUCAUCACAUUGCAGUUAAUCGUUUCUGUGUAAAUUGAAAUUAAACAGUCCUCUAUUUAGAUGAGUAACAUAAGAAAACUGUUUUGUUCAAUUGGAAAUAGAAUACUUAAAUAAUCCAUAUUUGUACUUCUAAUGCUAACAGCUAGAUAUAAUGGAGAUCAUGUAACAUGCUUCAAAAUUUUCUUUAUAGUUUAUAUUUACACUUUGGUAACCGGUUGUCUGUUUACAAAUCUAAAUUUCAUAAAUAAUGUAUAACAAUGAAAUGAUCCCAAUGCAUAUUGCAUUAAUAAAGUCGAUUUGGAAUACUGCUUUAAAAAAAUUAAGAAUAUCAUUUUGCAUACUUGAAUGGCAAGGUGCCAUAACUUAUUUUUUUGUAGACUGAAUUGUGAUCAAUGAGACAGUUUGCUAUGCGGUAUAUUUUAUAUUAAAUACAAUAUAUCCAAUAAUGCAAUAAAAUACAAUCAACAAUUGAGUAUUUCAAUACUAGUUUAAGGUAUUUAAACAUCAACCCUGACAAAAUUAGAAAAAAAACACUAAUGUAGUAUUUAGUUACAGCGUAUAUCAUUAUAUUAACAUACCUAUUUUCAGCCAGUUUUAAAUUGUUUUGUUAUUCAUGAACGAUUUAGUCAUCAGUAAUGGCACAAUCACCCAUAAAUAGUAGAAAGGUCAUCACGUGUCCAGAACAUCCAUCGGAGAUAGCAAGGUUCUUCUGUGAAGAUGAUAAUAAAAUGAUUUGCGAUGACUGUAUCAUAGGAGGUCACUGUGGUCAUAAAAAAAUCAAACUUAAAGAUUAUCUCAGCAAAAAAAGGCAACAUCUUCUGCAGAAUGAAAAAGAAAUUAGAGAUCACAACCUUCCUAACAUAAAGAAUGCAUUGGAGAAGGCACUGAGGAGCAAAACAGAUUUUAAUAAUUCUGUCAAUAAACAACUUGAGAGGGUAAAACUUAGAGGAGAAAUGGUAAAGAAAGUAUUUGACGAAUUACAAGAUGAAUUGAUCCAAAAUUUUGAAUCUGCUAGAAAUGCGGCGAACGAGGAGUUUGACAAAUUUUCAUCUAGGCAGCAAUUAAGAAUAAACUUAAUCGAAGAAACUAUGCGUAUUGUGGAUUCUAGAAGUGCGGACAUGUUGGAUGCAGAGGUAGUGUCCUACCAUGAAAAACUAUCAUCAAGUCUGACGGAUGAUCCGUACUAUGACGUAGCACCGAGUAUUCAACCACCCAUAUAUCAAUGCCAGGAUGAUUCAGUGCAAAAAGGUAAAUUGCAGACUAUUCUAGGCCACAUGGAAUCAGGGACUUAUGCUGAAGUUGCUGAAGUUGAUAUUCUUCGUAUGCCAAAUGCGAAUCAAGAAAGAAACGCAGAAACACAAAAAGAAACCGGAAGAUAUUCUUGCCCAAUAUCAAUAAUAGUUGAAGACAAGAGAGAUUUCUUGGCUGUUAAAACGUUUAAAAGUACUUCCAAAGUUACCCAUAUUGUACCAAAGCAGAGUCUACAAGCAUGGCUAAUUCACAGCAAUAUCGAAGAAGUAGACUGUACCACGGGAAUGGUAAAAACAAAAAUAAUAAAGACUAUAGAAGAGCAAACACAGUGUGCCGCCCGUAAUAAUGCAAACGAGCUUAUCAUUGGGAUGUGGAACAAGAAGUCACUCAAGCAGCUGAAAUAUGGUGGAUCAUUUGGAUUCAAUUUCUUCUCCAGAAAUAAGAGUUAUACCCUUGGAAAUUAUGUUAACACCGCACCUCUUCUAGCUGUGUGCUUAUGUACCUGUAGAUCAACAUCCGUAAAUGGUGACAUUACAGUAUGCCUUGUCGAAAAACCAGCCUCAGACGAAUAUCCAGUAAAGAAUCUGAUUAUUCGACGAUAUGCAAAUGACAAAACUCAGCCUGUGAGUGAUCUUGUUUUGUCGGAAGAUAGAAUUGAUAUUGAAGCACCAGUUUAUAUUUCCGAAAACACGAAAGGAGAUUUAUGUAUAGUAAGUUGUCCGGAAGGAAAGGCUUCAUGGAUUACCAUUACGGAUGAAACUGGAAUCAUGAAAUUUAGAUAUCCAGAGGCCGAUCUAAAGGUUGCAAACCGAAUUGAUUAUGAUUUUAUAGGUGCAGGAUUUUUAUCUGACGGAACAGUUACCGUAUUAGACAAAGUAGGUUUUAGACAGCAUCUAGUCGACAAAGAAGGCGUGUUACGGCAAAUAGACACGCAUGAGAGUCAGCCUGCAUGCCUGGCUAUUGCUCCUAACGAUCAUGUCUGGAUUGGUUUUGAUGAUGGACAUGUUAAAAUAUUCACAUAUAGAAAUGAAUAUUCUGAGAUUUUAUUAAGAUCUUAAAGCAUGAGGAAAACAAUUUAGAAUCAAACAAAGGAGGAAAACUGUGCAUGGUAACAGUGUUUUCAUGAUAACUGCAAUUUAAAAUUCUGGCUGAUAGUUAACAUAAUUAUGUUUACCUUGUCGCAUUAAAUGCACACAAAUGUGAUUUGACCUAUAAUUUUUAACCUUUUAUACAUUGAGACUUGGAUGGAGAGUUGUCUCAUUGGCACUCAAACCACAUCUUAUUUAUAUUAUAAAUUUUGUUUUAUAUAGAUCAGACUUCCAAGGGCUGCCAUUCGGUAUAUUAAAACAAAUAAAAGUAAAAUAAUAAGUCACGGCUGUCAAAUAUUUCUAUCAGAUCUUGGACUAUAGGAUUGUGAAUGCAAUAGAAAUUUCAACUUCAAAAUUUGUGCAUAAUAUUAUCAAACAGCGGAUCAAAUCAUAAAUAACAAAUGUGUCAAAAUUAUCAUUACUCCUCAACAGUACUGCGCAUUAAGGAAACGCAUACUAUACUUUUUUUAAGAAAAAACGGAAGGCGACACAUAAUCCUAUGCAAAUUAUCAGGCCCAUUAGCUGGCAAAAUCAUGUUCACCGAUUUGACUCAAAUUCUCAUAUUUGAUUUAUACCAUACUAAAACGUAUAUCCAAAUUACAAAAAGUCUUAAAUAAACAAUUAACAAUGCAUGGUUUCGAUGAUAAAUAUAUAUAUAUCAGAAUUUUGUCAGUAUUUUGUCUAGACGUCAUGCAAUUAAUAAUCGAGAGGACCUCCGAAGACUGCCGACGGUAAUUUAACCCCAUAUAAACAUAAAUAUAAAUAUAAAUAAAUAGCGACCACGUGCAAUUGAUUUUUUUUUAGGUCUGUUUGAUUUAUUUUGUAGGUUAAAAGGUAAUGUUUAUUAUCGUUUUUAUCUGUAUAAGAAUGAUUUUUUUGUUAAUCGAAUCAGUCAGCAAAAUAGUUUAUCCUUGUUUAACUUUCAAUGUGGACAUUAUUUUCCUUUUGACAGCUAAAUAUACAUGCGUAACCCAUCUCCAGCCAAGGAGUUAAAUUAAAGGUCACAUGAAUACGGAUUCAAUGAGGUCGAAUUAUUUACUUGCAAGUGAAUAAUUCAUCAGCGAUAUUUCUUAGCUUAUUUUACAAAAUUGAACCAAACUGUCUGCUAUAAGCGAAUUAUUAGUUCACAAUUUCAUUUUUAUUAAUGAUUGAACAGGGGGAAAAAAUCAUAUUUUACUGGUUUUUAUAACUCGUAGCUUAUGUCCCUUUAAAACUUAAUUGGAAUUUGUUUUUAAUUUUGAAAACUAAUUAGGUUACUCUCUUUAAAUAAGGAUUAUUAUUAUUAUUAGUAGUUGUAGUUCAUUUUCAUUAAUGAUUGAACAGGGGAAAAAAAUCAUAUUUUGAUGUUUUUUAUAACUCGUAGCUAAUGCCUAUUUUAGUAGGAGUAAGAUUAGGAGUAGGAGGAGUAGGCUUGAUUAAAAUUGGUUAAAAAUGUUGUUAUGCGAAUAAAUCCUCGAAGUACCAACUUCAAUUUAUUUUUCUGCUGGAUGCAUACCUCUCUUGAACUUGCCAAUUAUCCGUAUAUGUAUGCAGUUAGACCAAAGAAGUUCAGUGGAAUACUUCCGUAGUGAUCGAUUGACAUGCAGCAAAGAUCAACACAUUUGAAAUUUAGUUUCUAAGCAAAUUACGUGGGAAGAGCAGACCGGUGAAUUCGAAAAUUUAGGUGGGAAAAAUAUGUAUUUUUUGGGAAAUUGGAAGAUGCUAAGAACUAUGUGGAACAUGUGAAACACUUGAAAAGUUUGUAACCUGAAAGACCAUUUGAUUUUUUAUAUACAUGAUUUUUAUAAAUUACUUUUUCAAUGUGCUGCAAAGAUCAACAUUUUUUAAAUUUCAGUUUCAGAUUAUCAAAUAUUUUCUUUUAAGCGGUAGGUGUUCAGAAAUAACUUUUGAUUAGUAUCGUCACCGCUGCAGCAUCGUAUUUUACUAUUAAUUUUUUCGACGUUUUCAUUAUUCGCGUGUCAUCGGGUUCGCCACAGUAACGACCGAAGGUAUAGCGAUGAUUAUCAGUAUUUUACAAUGAAGAGUCUUCAACAUUAAUCCGAAGAAUCUGACAAAUAUUUGAGAAACUGAAUGUUUCUUGUUUUUCUUUCCUUUUAUACCAUAUUUAAAUAAAAGACAAGGUUCAACCAUACAUGCAUGUGAUUUUAAAUAUUUUACUAAAUAUAUUACAUUUAUGUUAUUAUAUAUAAUCUGAUUUAUUAAGGCUGUUUUACACAUAACUAUGGCUUUGGAUAAGGUGUGGCUUAAGUUAAGAUAAUAAAGUACGGUUAUUAUAAAUUUGUAUAUGAUUUGUAUAUGAUUGUCAAAAUUCUUUGUGUCUCUCAAUUAUAAAAUCUCUGUAAUAAAUUACUUUACUUAU